AUGGCCCAGAGCAACAACGAUGAAUUCUUACCUCGACCCCCUCCGUACAGCCCCCAGGAGUACGGACCGAAUUCCUACACAGGGAUGAGCUAUCAGGUGGGGAAGGGCAACAUUGCUGUGGUGUCUCCUCCUGGCAGCUUUGAUAACAUGGUCCAUCCUGUGGGACCAACGGCACCAGCAGCUGGAUACGACCAACAGUACAGUGACGCUCCUCCCAGCUACUCCGAUGACCCUCCGGAUAGCGUCUUCAGCGACGGUGCCAUACGAAGAGGUUUCAUUCGGAAAGUCUACUUGACCUUGCUGAUUCAGCUGGUGUUCACUAUCGGGAUCAUCUGUGCUUUUCUUUACUGGGACGCACUCAGGGAAUGGACAGAGGACAGCUACUGGUUCACCUACAGCAUGAUCACGAUGGUGGUUGUGCUCAUUCUGGCCUUUUCCUGCUGUGACAACCUCCGUCGUCAAGUACCCCUCAAUUUUAUUGCCCUGGGCCUGUUUACUGUUGUAGAGGGUAUGAUGCUUGGAUCCGUGUCAGUGCGGUUCGAAGCUGAAGCGGUUCUUUGGGCCGUCGGGGCAACAGCGCUGGUGUCCUUCUCCUUGAGCGUGUUUGCCAUGCAGUCAAAGUGGGACUUCACCACAGCAAGUGGGAGCUUGUGGGUGUUUGGCUGGACCCUCUUGUCAUUUGCAUUGCUUUGUGCGAUCCUCCGAUCACAGUAUGCUUACAUCACAUAUGCCUGCCUGGGAACCUUGCUGUUUUCUUUAUACUUGGUGUUUGAUACGCAGCUUAUCCUGGGUGGAAAACACAGGAAGUAUGAAGUCUCUCCAGAGGAGUAUAUAUUUGCUGCUCUCAACCUGUAUUUGGACAUUGUCUCCCUGUUCCUCCUCCUGCUGCAGUUAAUUGGCCUCUGCCGCUGACAUGGAGGCUCCAUGACAGGCCUCCCUAAAGAAACGCUGACACUCUUCCCACACACACACGAUGCAGUUGUUGAAUUUAGCAUAAAUUUAGGGUCAUAUUGAAUGAGGAUUCACACAUUUUUGACUCUACAUACAUUUACUGCCAUAUUUAAGCACACAUGCAUGUCUGCGAUUUAAGACAGCUCAUAUUAUUGUCAUGUAUCAGGGUUUUUAUGUUAUUGUACACGGCAAUGUGUUUUGUGCAUUUAUACAAGUGAGAUUUUUAUAUUGCACUGACAUGUAUACCUACCUACAAAUCAUAUUCAUGUGCUAAACAAUAUUUGUUUGCUGUUUACAUGCUGCUUACGCUUGAACUCACAAAUGAGCCACUUCACUACUCGCUUGUGGCGUUUCAUCAUUAUCAGGCAAAUUAGCUUCUAUAAAGUUAAAUCAUCUUACUAAACCACAGUUUAGAAUACAUUUUCUCAUUUUUCUUUUAGUUGAAAUGAAUCUUUAAGAUGCAAACGCUGGUCUGAAUACAAUAAAAGUUCAAAUCGCUCAGCUUAAC